GGGUAAUUAUUCGUGUCUUUUUUAACGAGUCCCUUUUAGUUUGCGGCAGCUCCAGAUCGAGAAAGCCCCAAUCCGGCGAUAGGAACCGAGCGCAACCCUCCGUGUCGUCUCUUCCAUCCUUGGAAGAAGCAGCGCAUCCUCCGGAUCUGGGGCGUCGUGGUGCGGAUCUCGGCCCGGAAGGUCGGAGCGAAUGUAUAACGGCGCUGUUGAGGAUCUGUGAGUAGAUCGUGUUGUUGUGCCGAAAGUUUUGGAGGAGAGGUGCAGAUUCAGUUUGGGAUAUCAGAGUUUUUCAGAGAGAUGCUGAAAACACAAAUGUGUGUUUAAUUGAGAUGAGGGAUGUUAACAAAAUUGAUAAAGCUAUUUAAGGCCUGCUGGCAGCAAUCAAACUUAUAUGCCCGCUCAGGUUCUGAUGGGGUUGGUCGACAGGAUGGGCUUCUAUGGUACAAGGACAGUGGGCAGCAUGUUUAUGGUGAGUUUUCAAUGGCGGUUGUACAGGCAAAUAACUUGCUUGAGGAUCAGUGCCAGCUUGAGUCCGGACCUCUAAGUUUGCUUGAAUUGGGGCCAUAUGGGACUUUUGUUGGGGUUUAUGAUGGGCAUGGUGGUCCAGAAACUUCUCGUUAUGUCAAUGAUCAUCUAUUUCAGAACCUGAAGAGAUUUGUGACAGAGCAGGAAUCCAUGUCCAUUGAUGUAAUAAGGAAGGCAUACCAAGCAACAGAAGAGGGGUUUAUUUCCUUGGUGACCAAACAAUGGUCUGUGAAGCCUCAGAUUGCAGCUGUUGGCUCAUGCUGUCUAGUUGGGGUAAUCUGCGGUGGUACACUCUAUAUAGCUAAUCUUGGUGACUCCCGUGUUGUUCUAGGAAGAGGUGUGAAAGCAACUGGAGAAGUUUUGGCCGUGCAAUUAUCAGCAGAACACAAUGUAGCAAUUGAAUCUGUGAGGCGGGAGCUGCAGUCAAUGCAUCCUGAUGAUAAACAUAUUGUUGUUUUGAAGCAUAAUGUGUGGCGUGUCAAGGGCCUAAUCCAGGUUUCCAGGUCAAUUGGUGAUGUGUACCUAAAAAAGUCUGAAUUCAAUCGGGAACCAUUGCAUGCAAAAUUCAGACUCCGGGAGCCAUUUAAGAAACCUAUAUUGAGUGCAGAACCAACAAUUAUUGUGGAACCACUGCAACCUCAAGAUCAGUUCCUUAUAUUUGCAUCUGAUGGGCUUUGGGAGCAUUUCAGCAAUCAAGAGGCUGUUGACAUUGUUCAACGCAACACUCGCAGUGGAAGUGCACGAAGACUUGUCAAAGCUGCACUACAAGAAGCAGCAAAAAAACGUGAGAUGAGGUACUCUGAUCUCAAAAAGAUCGACCGUGGAGUUCGUCGGCAUUUUCAUGACGACAUUACUGUAAUAGUUGUGUACCUCGACUCGAAUCUUGUUAGCAGAGCUGACUCACUCAGGGGCCCCUCCCUGUCUGUAAGAGGGGGCGGCAUCAAUGUCCGUGCAAAUUCUCUCUCGCCUAUGUACAAACAAACUGAGCUCUCUGCCACAUAAGUUCCAGAAUUGUUGAUACUUGCAUGUACUAAAUCAAUCUGGCCAGCCUCCUCUACACUGCCCACAAUUUACACGAGAGAAGAUGAGCUCCUGCUGCGAGGCUGCCUAUCCGAUGCGGAUCGUCCUUCUGGUUUGAAGUCGCCCACACAGAUACUCCGUUGUGAAUGAUGAUAUUAUGGAGCAAAUUUACAUGCCUGAUUCCAUAUAUAUUUUACCAGUAGUCCUUGAGCAAAAAGAGUACAAAACCUUUGUACUACCGAAUUGAGCUGGAAAAGAUAGUUUUUCUCUAAUUGUGGAAAUUCUCAUUUUUCUUGGCUUAA